AUGAUUUCGCAGGUUGUGAUCGACAAGGUUCUCUCCAAAGCGCAGGAAACUGCGUCACAUAGCUGGGAGUACGGCACCGUAUUCGAAGCGCUACUCGAGUACAGAGAUCCUCAUUACAGCAUCUUCCAUGACCCAUUUCCAGGGGGCAAGAUACCAGAGUUGACGGUAGAGGGUGUAGAAGCGUUGCGAUAUGUGAAACCAUUCAUACAGACGAAUAGCGCGAGACUGUGCGAAGGUAACGGUUCGUCGUCCGAUCCGACAUCUCUCUGUAUUCCAGCCUUGUUGCUCUACAAUUCAACAACCUCCCAAGCGCCUGACAAUCCUUACCUCUCCGCUGUAAAUCGCCAGCUGCAUGACCUGCUCUCCACCACGCCCAGAUACAGCAAUGGCGCGAUAUCGCAUCGCGAUGCGUACCCUUCUUUGUGGGCAGAUUUCGUCUACAUGGUACCGCCUGCUCUUGCAUACCACGGUGUCUUCACCUCGGACAUAGGCAUGGUGAAAGAGAGUGUACGGCAGUGCCAGCUAUACUGCGAGGUGCUGAGCACAUCGAAAGGGUAUUGGCGACACAUCGUCAAUGCUGAGGGCACGGGCAGCGUGAAGAGCGAUGACGGCGCGUGGUGUACGAGCAAUGCCUGGGCUGCAGCUGGGAUGGCUAGGGUCCUAGCAACAUUGCGCAAAUCUCAAUAUGGAUCGGAAACCGCUGAUGAGCAGAAGAUGCUACUAAAUAUGACCAAAGGCAUUCUUGACGGCGCGAUAGAGGCUGAUACUGAUGCAUCGGGCCUGUUGCGCAACUAUCUCGACAACGAGACAUGGUUUCCAGAGGUCGCGGGAACCGCGUUGAUGGCAGCUACGGCCUUCAGAAUGGCGCUCCUCGAGCCUGGCACAUUCGGGGAACGGUAUGUAGGAUGGGCGACGUGUAAGUUAGAGUCUGUCAGUCGCUAUAUAGAUGAGGAAACUGGUGUUGCGGCACCUGUGGUCAACUCCCUGAAGGAAGGUCAGCGGACGCCGCUCAACGGUAUCAAUCCGGAGGGACAGGCUUUUGUAGUGUUGCUAUACGCUGCAUGGAGAGACCGGAGGACUGUUGCAGAAGAUGCAUCCGUCCCGAUGGCCGGAACUGACGCGUCGAGGACAUGA